AUGGCUCGGCCGGAAGUCCCAUUCCUCCUCGCCAACGUGGACGAGCUCGUGCUCGAGUACCUUCUCUUCCGAGGCUUCACGAAGACGUUCCAGACGUUUGCGCAUGAGCGCAAGAAGGACCGGUGCGAAGGCCUCGACGUCGACAAGCUCGUGCAUCAAAUCUUCCUGCACAUCAAGAACACUGACCUCGAGCGGCUCAUGGACCUCUGGAACUUUCUCGAUGCGCGCUUCUUCUGCCACCUCGACAGCGCUUUUAGCUCGGCGAUAGCGCGCCUUCGCACGGCGCUCGAGCGUAGCUACAUUGUCCACGUUGUGCAGUCGUGUCAACCAGAGAAAGCGAUUGCGUUUUUCAAGCAGUAUGCAUCGACGCACCGGCAUUCGAACGCCGAGAGUGCGGGGUGGCAACCGUGGUUCAUGCUGCCGUACAUGAGCCAGCCCGAGACCGACCCUUACUUCCGCGAUUUCUUCUCGAGCGAGUGGCUCGACAACCUGGCGCUGACGCUGCGCAACUUUCUCUCGACUGUCUUUCAGGGAAUCCCGCUGCCCAAGCUCCUCGCGUUUCAGAUCGCACAGACUGAGGAGCCCACGCUGCGUCUCCAGCUGGAGUCGUCGCGUGCCGAGUGCCACCAGCUGCGCCUCGAUAUGAAGCUGGCGUACGACAAGAUCAAGCGCGCCGAGGCGUCGAGCCUCGAGCUUCGCCAGCUUUUGCAGAUCGAGACGCAGAAACAGUUUUCCGAGCAUUUGAUCGAGUCGCCACCGCCGUCGUCCAGCGUGCUAAGCGACACCACCGUCGAGUCGACGUCGUUGGCGCUGUCGAUGCAUGACACGCCACGCACGCUCGCGCUUUCGCCCAAUCACAAGUACCUUGCGAUUGCCGGUGCCGAGCACGAGCUUAUCUUUUGCGCGACAAACCCAUUGGCCGUUGUCGACGUGCCCGCGCUGACACCGUAUGCGUCACGGAUCGCCCACUUGACAUUUCUGUCCGAUUCGACCCAUGUGUUGAUCGGCCUCGAGAGCGCUGCGUUGUGGCUCGUUUCUGUGUCGGGGACUGCGCGCACCAUGAAGACGACGCCCGCGUGCCCUCGCCUCGACGCCGUCGUUCGAACGCGAAGGAAAGGCGGCGCCGGCCCCCGCGUGACAAUGGUGCUACUGGCGUCGUCCUCGGUAGACGGUGGCGCAGCCCUCGAACUCUAUGACGCUACGGACGACGCGAUCGUCCAGACCACGCUCGUGACGGAGCCCAUCGAACACGUGUGCGUCACCGACAACUUAAUCGUGACGGCGCACCGUGACGUCGUGACGAUCUACGACGUUUUGUCUCUCACGUCGCUCAGUGUGCUCUCCGACCCAACGCUUCCCCGCCAAGUCAUGGGGCUUGGUACUUUGGAGGCUUACGGGACGAUCUUUCUCAUGACGCAGCACCACGUGAUGGAGUUUGCCGUCGACAUGGCGACAUGGUCGUUGCACUGCGUUCGCCAGUCCGAGGUCGCUCCAGACACGCAUCUCCUCGCGACAAGCGAAGACAGCUUCCUCAUCUCGAGUGCUCGUGGCACCGUGGUGCAGGACUGCACUGGAAUGUGCGACGUGAUCUCGUCCGAGGCGUGGAAUAUGGCCGUAUGGGACGCGGCGUCAGCGUCGUGGUGGGGUGUCGACAGCGACAAGAUCUUAUAUCGCCUGCCGUGGUCGCGGACCCUCCUGUCCAUGCAACACUAAGAAGAGAAGGCAACCACACAUUCACC